GUGCGCCCUCCACCGUCCUUAAUUCGAGCGCACUCCACUGGUUUUCUGCCCGCCAGCCCUGAAGUUCAUCCAUUCCGUCCACACAGAUUUCAUUCUACAGUAACAACAGAUCAUUAUGUCUCCAGCAAACGUCUUCCAGCGAUUCGGCAGCUUUUUGUUCUCCAAGGACUUCCUGAAAAAGCGCCUGCUAACUAUACAUCUCUCAGGUCCCGUCUCCAACUUUGGUAUUCCCGUCGCGGCCGUCAUGGAUAUCAAGAAGGACCCUACUCUCAUCUCUGGCCCCAUGACCGGUUCCCUCAUUGUCUACUCCCUCGUUUUCAUGAAAUACUCAAUGUCCAUCACCCCCGUCAACUACCUCCUCUUCGGCUGCCAUCUUGUCAACGAGUGCGCCCAGCUCGCACAGGGAUUCCGCUACGUCAAUUACUGGAACUUUGGCGGCCGCGAGCGAACCAUGACGGCUGAGGGUGCUGCUGCCGGCGCCGCUGCCGCUGCCAAAUAAGCGUCUCUUUUUCUUCUAUUUCUCUAUGUUCACUGAGAUUGCUACAGUCUCUUGAGGAGUGUUGUGGGUCAGUCUCGGUUUUUUGCAACUGUUGUUUGUGUGUGUGUUUAUCAAUGUUUUGCUAUAUAGAAGAUAACAGGAUGAUGCGCUCAUUCCUGGAGAAGUCCUUGGCCAUGCGGUUCUGCGGGGCUCAAGGUAUUCCUAUGUAUGAGAGGUUGAUAGUUUUGUCGGUGUAUCUUUCUCGCAAUCUACUUUUUGUACGGCUGUGCAGGUCACAUCAGUCAAGCUAAAUAUUACAAGUUUAAAUAUCUAC